GCAAAGAUACCUUGUCGAGCAUUCAACGCUCUGCAUUGGCAGAGACAACAUCGCAAAGCAAUUCCUCCACAAUCUUCCACUUGAGAACCCACAAAUCGGAAAGCACGUGCUUUCUUCUUAACAACUUGUCAAGCAGUUUCUAAUAAAAAAAUCCACUCAGUGUGAAGUACCCUACGAGAGAAACGCGUAAAGUGCAAAAUAUAACGGUGCAAAUUACAGAUAUGUGUGACUAUGACGAUGAGCUCUAUCACGAGCACCUGCCCAACGUAUGCGGAGCUAUGCGCGAAAAGUCGAAAACCUGCUGCAGCAUAAAUACGGUCAAGCGCAAGCUACCUAUUUUGACUUGGCUGCCCGAAUAUACCCUGAAAUUCCUCAUUGUCGAUUUCGUAGCGGGUAUGACCGUCGGCCUAACGGCUGUGACUCAGGCUAUUGCCUAUGGCGCCGUCGCCGGACUGCCCCCGGUCUAUGGUCUAUACUCGUCAUUUAUGGGCUGCUUUCUCUACAUCAUCUUCGGCACCUGCAAGGACGUUACAGUGGGUCCCACAGCCAUAAUAUCUAUGAUGGUCAAUCCACAUGUUGCCGGCAAGCCAGACUAUGCAGUCCUAAUAUGCUUUCUAACGGGCUGCAUUGUUUUGGUGCUGGGCUUUCUGAAUCUCGGCGUGCUGGUGCGUUUCAUUUCGGCGCCAGUGAUAGCGGGCUUUACGUUGUCAGCCGCCUUGACUGUGGGCAGCGGUCAGAUCAACAAUCUCUUUGGCAUACAAAGCCAAUCAAAUGAGUUUCUCAAGUCGUGGAUUAACUUCUUUGGUCACAUAGAAGAGACGCGACUGAAUGAUGCGCUGCUCGGCUGCUGCACACUCAUUCUGCUGCUGUUCAUGAGGAAACUCAAGGAUCUUAAGUCCUGCAGCUGUCAAUCGGUGCUUAAAUAUCUAUCGCUCUGUCGCAACGUGUUGGCCGUCAUCAUUGGCAUUCUAAUCUGCUAUCUGAUGAGUCGUGAGCGCGAGGACAUGCCAUUUCGGAUCAGCCAGCAAAUCACGCCGGGUUUACCACCUUUUCGUGCACCGCCAUUCGAAACUGUAGACGAGGAGGGUCAGACUGUUGGCUUUGGUGAGAUGAUAUCGAACUUGGGCAGCGCCGUGGGCACAAUACCCUUACUCUGCAUAUUGGAGGUUGUUUCAAUUGCCAAAGCAUUCUCUAAGGGCAAGAUUGUGGAUGCUUCGCAGGAAAUGAUUGCCUUGGGUUUUUGCAACCUCCUCAGCAGCUUCUUCUCAUCGAUACCCAUAACGGGAUCCUUUGCUCGUUCGGCAAUCAACAAUGCGAGCGGGGUCAGAACCCCACUGGGAGGUGCCUUUACGGGUAUUCUGAUACUCUUGUCUCUCGCCUUUUUGACCCAGGUCUUUGCCUACUUGCCCAAAGCCACGUUGGCAGCCAUCAUCAUUUCAGCCAUGUUGUUUAUGGUGGAGUACGACACAAUAGCUGAGAUCUGGCGUGCAAAGAAACGCGACAUGGUGCCUUUUGUGUUCACCGUGAUUUGCUGUUUGUUCUGGUCCCUGGAGUACGGCAUGCUGGUGGGCGUCCUUAUCAAUGCGCUCUUCAUACUGGGCAAGAGUAUGACGCCACAGUUUCAGCUUGAAUCACAAAAACACAACGGCCUCGAACUGUGCGUGGCUGAGCUAAAGGGUAACGUGGACUACACGGCAGCGGAGUCAUUGAACAUAAAAACCGUGGCAUUCGUGACGGAGCAGAAGACAAUGAUGGAGAAAACUGUCUCAUUGGUGAUCAUCAAAGGUUCAGAAAUUGGCUCAAUCGAUUCAACUGUUGCGCUGAAUCUGGUAUCUUUACGGGACGAUCUACAGCAGCUGCAGUGCGAGCUUAUCUGCUGGAAUUGGAAUAUGGCAGCGGCGGGCGUCGUUUGCCGACUGCAGAGGAAGGCUCGAAACAUGUUCAGAUACACCAAAAACUUUUCCGAGCUAUUAGAAAUGGUGGCCAAUGGAAACAGCAAGAGUGAGAGCGACAACAAGAGCCACAGCAACAGCACCGGCAACAACUGUCCCACUGACAGCAGUCAAGUUGAUCAAAUUUCAUGACGCUUAAGUCAAUAAUGAAAUGUGUUUUGUAUUGUACAGUUACAUUUUGCGAAUGGCAAGUAGUUGCACCGAAAAUACCCUGUACGACGUGCUAGAUACGAGCUAUAUGUGCUACAAGUACUUCAUAUCAGAUAAGCUCAAAGUUUUCUUGGAAAUGUCUUAAGACAUUAUUUAUAAAUAGUUUAAGGAUAUAAAUAUAUUUGCCACAAAAAAUCUA